AUGCCAACGACUCUACCGAUGGCCUACAGCUCACCCAAGCGCAAACGAGUGACAUACAAACCCAAUGAGGAUGGUCUGUCAGCUUCUUCGCCAUCACCGUCUGUGCCGGAACUAAAGCUUCGGGAGGAAGAGAGUCUGGGGGGUAAUAGUCCGCGAAACACUGUCGCGAGUCGCUUCGGGGAGUUGACAUUACGAGGGGACCCAUUUUCUGGCAGCGCCUUUGCUGAGGAGCCAACCGCGGCGUCUGUACAAGCAGCAUUCUGGGAUAGCUCACAUAGCGACUCGUAUGGCAUGUCCCAAGCGCUUUCUGCUGGCGAAGGCGUCGCCAACUCGAGUGAACCAUCUGAACCCCCCGCGAACAUUCAGGGCCAGUCCGAAAAUGAAGUUACAAUAGCGCCUGCUCCGUCUACCCCGCAGCAGAGUCCACGGAAGAAAAGAGCACCUUCAGGGAAGCAGUCGACGCGCGCCAGACGGGGAUCACCUCCACUUAUUAGCGAUGAGGGCGAGAACCCGCUAACCUGGCAUGACUCCGAAAUUACCGGCCACCUAUUAUCCGACCCUAAUGAUGAUGGGUACGGCAUCAACGGGGUUGGAUUCAGACCUACGACGGCAAUUGCUUGGGCCAGAUCGCAGAGAAGGCAGAGGCAAGUUGCAGAUUGGAAGAGCCGCGAGGCGCGAGAAGCACGAGAACGAAGAAGGGAAAAGAGGGAGGGUAUUGAACAGGACAGGAUGCGCACCGUACAAAAUGGUGCAAUACAGAAGAAAGUCAAAUUCGAUGUUUAA